GGAUAUACCGAAGGUGGACCCUGAGAAGACGGUCGAGGAGCUGGCUGAGCACAUCGAGAACGAGAAAAAGAGGCAGCUAAUGGUUGUCAACUGCGCCGAGGAGUUUAGGACUGCUGACUACCACACACUGGUCGACUCGGUGAUGCUGGUGCACGAGACGGUUCAAGCCUUGGUCAAGAAGGCCACGAAGAUGGACAAAAUGCCCAAGAUUGUGGACAUCAAUCAGCGCAUGAAGGAGGAACUAACAAGGCUCAGGGAAGAAAAGCCUGCGAAGAAGAAGAAGGCCAAAGGCAAAGUAAAAGUACCUCCUAAAGAGGGAAAGAAGAAGCUUAAGGCUCCCGCUACAGCAGCGGUUGAGAUCAAACUCAAGCCCGAGGCGUUACAAGAAGGGACGGAGAGCCAGACGGGCAGUAGGCUCAUUCUGGUGCCAGGGCCGAACGCAGCUGACAAGGCCGAUGUCCUCGCCGAGCGACUGAAGCAGUCGGUUGCUGCUUUUGUUGAGGUUGGGAGGCCGGAGAAGUGCACAAACUUGCGCAUAGCUGGCCUCGACGAGACCGUGGCGGAGACGGAAGUCUUAGCUGCGAUCGCAAUGAAAUGGUCGAGUGAUUCGCGUCGGGCCACAACAGAACUUCAAGAGGCCGGCCCCAGUAACCCAGACACGAAUCCCAUCACAACCUCGUUACAAAGCACCUCAGAAACCUUUGAACAGCCGCAACUAAAGCAGGUCCGAGUCGUCGGAAUCGACGACUCGAUAAGCGCCGACGAGGUGUGUCAGGCGCUGGCGCAAGUAGGUGGUUGCCCUGCCUACCAGAUAAAGGUGAGCAAGUUACAUACGGGGGCUCGGGGGACUGGUAUGGAAAGUCAACCAUCUACUAGUAAGGAUUUGACAGGAAUGGAGGAGGCGAGCAGGGAAAAUACAGAACGGAAGGAGAGGAAAAGAAAAAGAGCAAGGUCAUCCAGUUCGGAUAGUUCCAGUAGCAGUUCUACGUCUUCGUCUUCUUCAUUGGGCUGCCGCCGGAAGAAAAAUCGUAAGCAUAGCAGGCGAAACCGUAAGUUUGAUUAUUUAAUCAAUGAAAUUCAUAACCUAAAAAGUCAGUUGAAUAAAUCUUGUUUCGAAUCACCUCUAACUGAUAAUAAUGAAUAUGCUGAGUCUUGCAUCGACUCUAAUAUAAGUGGCGAUUUAUUUGAGCAAACGGAAGCCUCUCAACCUGAUGGGUCUACGGAGAGCAACACAGAUUUUAAUAUUACUUUAGUAACAAAGCUUAAAGAACCGUCCGUACCAAAAGCUUCUAGGGAACACCUCGAGCAGCUAAAAGAGCUGCAACAUUUCGACUCUCCGGAGUGGAACAACGUUCGUUACGCCGAACUUCAAAAACAGUAUGCACACUCCCCCGGGUUUGUCGAACUCGACCCCAAUGAUGAGAUUAAACAGUUUGAUAGCUCUAAGUUUUGUAUAAAUAUGGAAAAAGCUUUCGCAGCAGUUACUUCUUCGUUGCUCAAACAAAAGGACGUUUUGGAAUCCGAAAUUAGAAAAUUUCUUAUGUGGGCCUAUUCAGAGAAGGAUAUUAGUUACAACGAGAUUUACCUCAAGCUUAACGAAGUAUUCACUAACAGUGAUUAUACAAAAGUAUGCAGUGAUUCACUGCAAUUAGUGUGCGGGCACAGAGCUGAACUUGUGCAACAUAGAAGGGAGACUAUCCUGGCAUCAGUAAAGGAUGCUUAUCAUAAGAGUGCGUUACGUAAAAUCCCACCAUCCUGUUCCAAUCUAUUUGACAGUGAGAAGUUUAGCACCGCUAUCGAAAAAGCGGGAGGAAUGAAGAAUGUUUUUUGCUUGCAAGUUCAUGAAAUAUUAUCUGCUUUGGAGUGUGAGGAGUAUGAUAAUUAUACAGAAAAUAUAAUUUACGUUGAGCCCCCUAUUGAGCAUACCGAUCAGGUCACUGAUGAAGACAGUGACAAGUCCGACGAGGAGCAUGGUGCGAACCUAAAUCACUUAGGACGAAGACUGCUGCAAACUAGCUAA